AUGAAGAUGCGGAUCUGCAGGCUUUUCUGGCACAAGGUUAUCGUUUCGCUCAAGAUUAUUGCCAGGCAAAGACCAUGUCUGCUGACCAUUGUUCGUCCCAGGGCCAUUGGCGGCAAACUCGAGAUACAUCUCCAGCAAAACGUAAGCCGUCUCACUUCUGUAUCGGGAAAGGAGGCCCGCCGACAUCAGCUUCGGAUCCGCUAUGGAACGUGGCACCAGAGCGUGACAUUACGUGCUCCGACCAGCGCCGUCUUCGAGACGUGGUGGGCGGCACUUGAGAACGCGCUUGCCAUGCCUUACUUCGUAACGGUUCCCAUCGUUGAUGCCCGCGCACGUCAAGUGACCGUAGCACCAGUUAUACCCGCAAGACGCAACAAAGCACGCCACAAGCAGACGGCAAUGCUAGAAGCUGUGAUCGGAGAAAAGAGCGAAGGUGCAAUGCUCGACGAUAUGCCCAUGCUUGAAGCCAAGAAGGGUCCUUCAUCUCUCGCCGAAAUGGAUGUCCUAGCGAGCUGGAAGACGUGGGACAGUCUGGACUACUUUGCAAACGUACCAAGUAUUUCCGGUCCGCAGACACUCCCUACUGUUGCAGGCACAAGCAAUGACAAUGUGUCCUCCAACGCAAGCGACAGCGACGAAAAGUCACCGCACAAUGAUAUCAGCGAGUUCUGGUCACGAUCAUCGGAGUGGAAAGGCGGCGCACACGAGCAGCACCUUCAUCUUGGUCCCAGUCGGACUGUUUGCGCGUUGAGGUCGGACAACUCCCAUCACUGA